GCUGGCCAGCCCUGAGGAGGACAUGGUGUCUGAAAGGCUUUGCUCGUGCCAGACCCGAGGCAGGAGCUGACACGGAAAGUGAAAGAUGAAGCCUCUUGUUCUCUUGGUUCUUGUGAUCUGUACUGUAGUCAGCAUGAAUUUGAAGCUCGUGUCAAAGAGAAAUUCUGUUGAUGGUUGCAUUGACUGGUCAGUGGAUCUCAAGACAUACAUGGCUUUGGCAGGUGAACCAGUCCGAGUGAAAUGUGCCCUUUUCUACAGCUAUAUCAGAACUAAUUAUAGCAUGGCCCAAAGCACAGGUCUUAGGCUUAUGUGGUACAAAAACAAAGGAGAUUUAGAAGAACCCAUUAUAUUUUCCGAAGUUAGGAUGAGCAAGGAUGAAGAUUCCAUAUGGUUUCACUCGGUUGAGUUGCAAGACAGUGGUUUCUACACAUGUGUUCUAAGAAACUCAACAUAUUGCAUGAAGGUGUCCAUGUCCUUGACGGUAGCUGAGAAUGAAUCUGGGCUUUGCUACAACAGCAAGAUCAGAUAUCUGGAAAAAUCAGAAGUCACUAAGAGAAAGACAAUCUCCUGUCCUGACAUUGAGGAUUACAAAACAGCCGGUCAAGAGCCAGAUGUGGUGUGGUACAAGGAAUGUAAGCCAAAAAUGUGGAGAAGCGUUGUAAUUCAGAAAGGAAAUACUCUCUUAAUUCAAGAGGUCCAGGAAGAAGAUGGAGGAAAUUACACCUGUGAACUAAAGUUUGAAGGCAAGCUUAUACGAAGGACGGUUGAAUUGAAGGUUACUGCUUUACUCACAGACAAACCUCCAAAGCCAUUGUUCCCCAUGGAGAACCAGCCAACUGUUAUAGAUGUCCAGCUGGGAAACCCACUGACUGUGGCCUGCAAAGCUUUCUUUGGAUUCAGUGGAGAAUCAGGCCCCAUGAUCUACUGGAUGAAAGGGGAGAAAUUCAUAGAAGAAUUAGAAGGUCACAUUAGAGAAGGAGAAGUCAGACUCCUCAGAGAACACCUUGGAGAAAAAGAAGUUGAGUUGACAUUGAUCUUUGAUGCUGUAGGGGAGGCAGACCUGGCUAACUACACGUGUCACGUGGAAAACAGAAAUGGACGGAAACACGCCAGUGUCCUUCUGCGCAAGAAAGAUUUGAUCUACAAAAUAGAGCUUGCUGGAGGACUGGGAGCCAUCCUUCUUCUGCUUAUUUUGCUCGUGACCAUCUAUAAGUGCUACAACAUAGAGUUAAUGCUGUUCUACAGACAGAACUUUGGAGGAGAUGAAGCAGCUGAUGACAACAAGGAAUAUGAUGCAUAUCUUUCAUACACCAAAGUGGAUCCCGAUGCGUUAGAUCGUGACACUAAUGAAGAGGAGCAGUUUGCACUUGAAAUUCUGCCAGAUGUUCUGGAAAAGCACUAUGGAUACAAACUCUUCAUUCCGGAUAGGGACCUGAUCCCUAGUGGAACCUACAUUGAAGAUCUCACAAGAUGUGUUGAGCAAAGCAGAAGACUCAUUAUCGUGUUAACUCCAGACUAUGUUCUCAGGAGAGGAUGGAGUAUUUUUGAGAUGGAAAACAGACUCCAUAACAUGCUAGUCAGUGGCGAAAUCAAAGUUAUUUUGAUUGAGUGUACUGAAUUAAAAGGGAAAGUGAAUUAUCAUGAAGUGGAAUCUUUAAAGCACACCAUCAAACUUCUCUCGGUGGUCAAGUGGAAAGGACCAAAAAGCAGCAAACUGAAUUCUAAGUUUUGGAAGCGCCUAGUCUUUGAAAUGCCAGGGAAGAAAAAGGAGGUGGUGUCACGGCAUCAGGUCCUGGAUUCUGCAGAGCAGGGCCUUUUUGGAGACCUUCAGACUAUCCCCUCUGUUGCUGUCACAGGCACUUCUGCCACGUUGGUGGAAUCACGGGCUGAUUUAACUGACUACCACCAAGCAGACUCUGUGCACAUGAGACAUUACUGCCGAGGAUACGAGUACGACGUGUCAGCAGCGACACUGCCAAUCGCUUCCAUAAGCAACCACCACACGUACUGUAACAUUCCUCUGACACUCCUGAACGGACAGCUACCUCUCAACAACACCGUGAAGGACCCCCAGGAGUUUCACAGGAACAACCCACUGCUACCUUUAUCAGCCAAGGAGCUUAGCUUCACCAGUGAUAUCUGGUAGUGGACAUCAGGACUCUUUCGAGAUGCUUCAUGACCGCCAUGAAGACACAUUUUUAAAGAACUUUGCCCUAACCCCAUGGGGUGAGAAAACAUAUUCGAAGCAGCAGCACACUUGUUUGCUUUUCUACUUGAACUUUUUUGUUUACAUUUACAAAUUGUUGACAAAGGGGGCAUUCUUUUUGUAACUCAGUAAUGUCCUUCCUGUCUUUUAAUGUACAGUUUUAUUGCUUCUUUAGAAAGGAGGGGGGAGAGAAAAAACGCACCCCAUCAUUUUACAGUAGGUUUACAAUCUGGGAUGGGUAAAAGGUCACUGUAUAUGGUCUCCAACAUCCAUACAUAUUUAAGUAACAGUAUUUGAAAUACACAGAAGUUGUCGGGUUUUUCAUAUGGACUACAGUACACUUUGAAAUUCUAAUCAUGCUACAAAAAAUUAUUAUCUCCUGCACAGACCACAAGGGGUGAAUCAUCCUGAAAAGGAAGGAGGAGGAAACCUUCCCGGUAACAUUGUCUCACAAAUACUUUUUAGUAAGAUGACCAGCUGAAACAAUGCAGAUGAAGCUUUAUCAAUAAAGUGCAUAGUAACAGUUACUGCAGAAUAAAUCACCUGCUCCCAUCAGCAUCUCUUCAUUUUAUUAUUGAGGCAUGUUGUAUUCCUAGUCAAUGGUUAGCAAUGUGGUUUUACUAAACAACUUACUAGAAUAUCGGAAGAUGUUUAGGAGGAUUUUAAACAUUUUUUUCUGUCAAUUAUAGAUUAUUUCACAACUUUUUGCAGAUUUAUAAUGACUUUUUCCAAACAAUUUAAGUAGAAAUUUAUCUGUCUAUUGGUCUAUUCAUUAAUUUGAAAUUUCUUAUGAUCUCGAGCCCCAUUAAGAUUUGUAGAAAAGGCAAUGUAAUUUUACAUAGGAUUUUUUUUCCAAAAUCAGUAGUUACAAUUUGAAAUUAACCUUUUUGUGAGAACAUCAGCAAUAGAAAAUAAUUACUACAGCAAUAUUCAGAGAUGAAGUGCUAAAUUAUUCAGGUUUACUGGUAAAUCUGACUUCAGUUGCAGUGAUAAUCACCUGAGACAGUUUUCUCUCUUGUCUAUCUACCUGUCAGUUUAUGUAACUUUUAAAUAUGGCAAAAGCAGGAAUAUUUCUGCUGUCUGUGCAACUAGUGAAAAGUGAUGUUUUUAAGCAGCUGUUAAGGUCUUGCAUUUCUCACUUAUGUGAGUGAUCCCAUCAGUCAAAUAGGAUACUGUCAUUUAUCUUUCAUGUAAGGCAUUCCUGCUGCUGAUGGAUGAGAAGUGUUAUACAGGUACUCUGCAUCAGGCAUUGCUGCUCAGUGAGUACCAGUGAGAUUUCCAUACUCAGUUGAUUAAGAGUUGCAGAGUGGAGUAUUUAAGGAAAAAAGCCCUAAAUAAUGAAGGCAGAAGCCAGUUUUGCAGGUUUUGGCACAGCUCUAAUGAAAACACAGUAGACAUGAAAGUUUUGUCUCAAUGAGAUCUGCUGGAGCAAAUUCCCAAAAAUCUUUUUAGGCAGGCAGCCUUGCCUGUGUUUCAGCAUUGUUCUUUAGCAUUGUUCUCUUUGAUUGCAUGAAUUAAAGUUAGCACUCUGCACUCAGCUGCCUGUGGUUUCAUCAGCAAACAAGUUCAGUAAAUCCUUGACAUUUUGCAGUGGUUCCUAAAUUGUACCCUACAGUCAAAUGGAAACAAACACUGACCUAAGACUUAAAAGUCAAAGAAUUGGCCCAAAGGCCAUGAGAAUGAUCUCAAAUGUGCAAUAAUUCAUAGAGGUCAGUAUUUUUCCAUUGCUUCUUUCCCCAGUUCUUUAUUCUGUGCCCUCCUACACCAGUUAUAGUCUGUAAGAUUUUCAUUAGGUUCUAAAUAAUAAUGUUUCUCUUGUUUUUUCUAGCAUUAUUAUGCAUUUGACACUAACACUGAAAAUGGAAAUCUAGAAAAGAUAUUAAUUUAUUACACAGUAUAGAAACUAUAACUUGCUCUUUUGUGAAGUUAAGUUCCAAACAUAUAGGUGUUUAAUAGAUGUAUUUUUCUACUGAGAAAGAAAGCGAUUUUACCUCCAUUAUAAAUAUAUGGAUUUCAACCUCCUCCCAAAAAUUUACAAAAUUUGCACUGUUUUAUAAGUGUUACAGACUGUGUUUACACUGGCUAUGUUCUUUAAUGCAAAGUGUAAUUAAAAAAAAAAAAAAAGGAAAAAAAUUCCUAAAAGCAAACCCUGCAUGAAAAGAGCUGCAUAUGUUUAAAUGAAAAGCUGUACUUUUCAUUAUUUUCCUUCCCACAUUACUCUAGAAUCUGGUUAAUUCACAUAGAAUGUUCAGUGAGAUUUUAAAUCCGCUAGUUCUGUAUUAAGCAUGCAAACUCCAAAAAAAAAAAAAAAAGAAAAGAAAAAACAUAUGCAGGUUGGUCUGCUUCUUUUAUUUACAAGGACUAAAUAUGGGUAACAAAUUCAUUCACCCAAUGGUAAUAUGUCUCUUAGAGCAGUAGUUAUUCCAAAGCAAAAUGCAGUCAUGUUUGCAUUGAGGAAACAUGAAAAGAACAGUU